AGCCCGGUCUCCCGGAGUAGGUUAUGUUGAAACGGCAUAGAAAAGGUGGAGGAGGACGGUGGAAGGAGUAGCAACUUUCUCUCUUUCUCACCAACUUUAUGAGGAGUUGUCGCCUGGGGUUUUGCAUGGCUGAAUGGGCUUGAGUCUAUUCCUCAAUACGCACUUGGAUAUUACCUAACCCUGGUCAGUUUAAGUUUUAGGUUGUUCUUUUGGGGAUCUUUUGUCGCUUAUGGACUUAAUGCGUUCUGAUUUAAUGUGAGACUGAGAGGAGAGACGUGGAAGUGAGGCACAAUAUAAUCUGCACUGGUUUACGUUGUCGCCAUGUCCAUGCUUCCGACGUUCGGUUUUACGCAGGAGCAAGUGGCGUGUGUUUGCGAAGUCCUCCAACAAGGGGGGAACAUUGAGCGGCUGGGGCGCUUCCUCUGGUCGCUCCCGGCGUGCGAACACCUCCACAAAAACGAGAGCGUCCUCAAAGCGAAAGCCGUAGUCGCCUUCCACCGGGGGAACUUCCGAGAGCUUUACAAGAUUUUGGAGAGCCAUCAGUUUUCGCCGCACAACCACCCGAAGCUGCAGCAGCUGUGGCUCAAAGCGCACUACAUCGAGGCAGAGAAGCUGAGAGGCCGCCCGCUCGGCGCCGUGGGGAAGUACCGCGUCCGGAGAAAGUUCCCCCUGCCCCGCUCUAUCUGGGACGGUGAAGAGACAAGCUACUGCUUCAAGGAGAAGAGCAGGAGCGUCCUCCGAGAGUGGUACACCCACAAUCCUUAUCCGUCUCCGCGGGAGAAAAGAGAGCUGGCCGAGGCCACGGGACUCACCACCACGCAGGUCAGCAACUGGUUCAAAAACCGACGACAGAGAGACCGAGCAGCAGAGGCAAAGGAAAGAGAAAACAACGAGAACUCCAACAGCAAUAGUCACAACCCACUGACUUCUUCUAUGAAUGGAAAUAAAACUCUAUUGGGGAGCUCGGAUGACGAUAAAACACCCUCGGGGACGCCGGAUCACACGUCUCCGAGCCCGGCUCUGCUCCUCGGCUCGAACACCGGUUUACAGUCUCUGCACGGCCUCGCGCCGCCGCCGGGACCCAGCGCCAUCCCGGUACCGAGCGGUGCAGACUCGGUGCACCAUCACCACUCAUUGCACCAUGACACCAUACUGAACCCUAUGUCUUCUAAUCUAGUGGACCUUGGCUCUUAAAAAAUACGGCACAGAAAGGGGACAGAGAAGAGCACAGAUUUUUUCGUUUUUGUUUUUUUUUUCUUUUUCUUUUUUUUUUUUUUUUUGAAAAGUAAUUUACAAGGUGGCGUGAGACGAGUUUCAAGCACUUGCGGCAAAGUGCAAGCAGACAGACUGGAACACUGCGAAAACAGCCACCGUAACAAAUCAUUUAGUCUCAUAUUCAACCUUUAAAGUCUUUUUAAACAAGUGGGAUAAAUCUACCAAUGGGCGCAGUAACCUCCACUUAUCCCCAAAUUAAACUUCUGCUUGUUCCGAGGAUUUUCUGGAAACAAGUGUCAAGGCAGAGCACUUAAGAAAUAUACUGAGAACAGUCGCCAUUUUUCUCACCCUGUUGGUAUAUUUUCUCUUAAAUUCACUUAAGGACAAUGUAGCUCGAAAUAUUAAUAGAUUUGAGAUUAUAUGACUUGUUAAGACGGAUCAUUUUUGCAGUUGUGGUGCUUAACAAACAAAAGGUGAGGUGGAUCUAGGUCGUUUUAGUUAAAAAAAAAAAAAAGGACAGAAAGAAGGACAGAAAGAAAGGAGAAAAAAGAAAAAGUAUUUUACCGGAAUGUAAUAACGUUACAUGUUAUAUUGUUGAAAACAAUAACAAUAAAAUGUCUUAAUUCUUGUUACUAUUACCGUUGUUAUUUUAGGGGUUUAGAUAUAUCAACAGACUCUAUAGGCACCGAGUUAAAGGUACCCCAUCGCCUUUUUGUUUACAUAGUUUUCCAAGAGAGCCAUAAGCAAUUAACUUUUUUUUUUUUUUUUUUUUUUUCCCCCAGUGGGGGUGGGGGGUUGGGGGGUGAUGGGGUAUGAUGAUCUUCUCAAGUGUCUUAUAAGAGCCGUGAUGAGAUGCAAUAUCUUAAUCUCUUCAUAUUAUUAUUAUUAUUAUUAUUAUUAUUUGCAUUUUCAUUUGGAAAGAGACUGCAUGUAAACUUUGCGAUUACUGAUGAAACAUAAAACGAUUCACCUAUAGUUUCAUAUACCCUUUACAAUAAAAGAAAAAGAACUACAUGGAUUAAAAAUCGAGGAUUUGUUUGAUUCUGAAUGAUUAUUGACAUUUUUGCAGGAAAUCAGUUUUGUCUUUAUAGUUUAUCUCCUGCGGGUCACCUCGUUACCUGUUUAAAAGCACUCAAGCUGGGUGACACUAAAAAUAUUUAAACAAAGCAAAU